AUGUGUAGCUGGAUCGCCUCCGAGGAUGGGGAGCCGUUUAGUCCGGCGAAGAUACACCCGCUUCUGUCCCCACCAGCCACCAAGAGUUUCUCCGACGUUAAACCCGUCGAUGCCGACCCCAUAACUACUGGUCCCACAAUCUGCCCUGGAUCUCCGCAGCCUUCACAGACGAGCGUCCACUGCCUGAUAGAGACGCCGUAUAAUGUUUCAGCGAUAGCAGCGCCUGCACCUGGCGAUGCGCCGCCUUCCACAAUCGCAGUUGAAGCCGAAGCCCUGCACGCCUAUCUGACGUCGGACGAGUCGGUCCCGCUGGAAAAGGCUGUAGACAUAAGCAAGUCGUCGUCGAUUGAGAAUCUCACCAGCCUGCCGCAGGUGGCCUCGUUUGGCGAGCAUCGUAUUCGCAAACAUCGAAAGAACGCCUGCUCCAUCGAUUCGGCCAUCCCCCGCCAGACACUGCUCAAGGCCUUGCAGUCACGGCCGCCUACUUCGGCGAUGAGCAUGGAUACUGUCAUGAUGGAGGGUACGGCAGCAGGGCGCAAGACGGAGCGGUCCAAGAGCAUCAACCACCAGCGCCUUGCCGAGGCCCUCUCCGACCUCAACCUGUCCUCCGACUAUAUCUCCAUUAACAAGAUGGCUGCGCUUGCGUCUCCAUGCUUCUUCCACAAGAAAUUCGACAAGGCCGUCAACCUUGGCAAGGUGCUCGAGGAGAUGAACGACGAUGACACGAUAUCGCACUCACGCCUCAUGCAGACUGCCUUUAGCGUGCGCGAGGUCUCGAAGCAGCUCCAGCGCCGGCCCAUUAAGAUGACGGUGCGCAAUGUCAUGAUUGUCACCAAGGCACGCGACAACGACCUUGUCUAUCUCACGCGCGAUCUUGCAGAGUGGCUGCUCACCACCUCGCGAUAUGGCUCAGACGUCGGCGUUAAUGUGUAUGUGGACCACAAAUUACGCAAGUCGAAGCGCUUCGAUGCUCCUUCCCUGAUUGCCAGAGACAAGCGUUUCGAAGACAUGCUCAGAUGGUGGACACCGGAUCUUUGCUGGGAAACCCCUGAGAUCUUCGACCUCGUCCUCACACUCGGCGGUGACGGCACCGUCCUCUUCACAUCCUGGCUCUUCCAGCGCAUCGUUCCCCCAAUCCUCUCCUUCUCUCUUGGCAGCCUGGGCUUCCUCACCAACUUUGAAUUUGCUCAACAUCAAUCCGCCCUCAACAAAAUCAUGUGUGAGACAGGCAUGCGCGUAAACCUGCGAAUGCGCUUUACCUGCACCGUAUACCGAUACCAAAAAAACGCCGCACCGGGCUCACCCACUCACAUUGAAGCCGAGCAGUUCGAGGUGCUGAACGAGCUCGUCAUAGACCGUGGCCCAUCGCCCUAUGUCUCCAACCUCGAGCUCUACGGCGACAACAACCUCCUCACCGUCGUCCAAGCCGACGGCGUCAUCUUCUCCACUCCCACAGGUUCAACAGCCUACUCGCUAUCCGCCGGUGGCUCCCUCGUCCACCCCGACAUUCCCGCCAUCCUCCUCACCCCAAUCUGCCCACACACCCUCUCCUUCCGCCCCAUGCUCCUCAACGACAGCAUGCUCCUCCGCAUCGCCGUACCCAUCCGCUCCCGGGCCACCGCCUACUGCGCCUUUGAUGGCAAGGGCCGCGUCGAACUGCGACAGGGCGAUCACGUGACAAUUGCAGCCUCGCAAUAUCCCUUCCCCACGGUGUUGUCACAGCCCACGGAGUGGUUCGACAGCAUCAGUCGUACCCUGCGCUGGAACUCGAGGGGCGCAACACAGCAGGCUUGGGUGGGUGAUGAGAAUGGCGAGGGCGAGGAGGAAAAGGAACCGGAUUUUGAUAUCGAUUUUGAUAAUGAGGAUGUGGAUGAUUCGGGGUAUAGUGCGGAGGGUUCGACGGUAGAUGGUGACAAGAGGGGUGUUCUUGUUGCUUCUUGUGGUGCUGGUCCUAGUGCCCAGCUUUCCAAGGGACAUCGCUGCUUGGGCGGGUUCCCCAGUGCUUUCAAACUCAUUCAAGAGUAUUCCACUCUUUCCAUGUUGGCAGUUGGCGUAGGCUGGCCUCGUAACCCCCUUUUUUUCCCCUUCCCUCUGGCUACUACAGCUACUGAUGGAUUGGAUUGGCGCAUCGUUUUUUCCCUAUGUAGCCAGUUUGCGCUCUUGCGCUGCAUACCGUUGCGCUGUCGCUAUGGCUCACUUCCAACAUGA